AUGGUCACUUCUGGGUUCGAACCAUUGGUUGACAAUCCAUUUAAGGAUGCGGGUGUUUUCGGUAUCUAUUCACCAUAUUAUGAGUCAUCAAAGCAGGAUUUCAAUAGACUGCGACGUUCUUCCCCAUUAAAGUCACCUGAGCCGGCAAAUCGGCUUCCGAUACUUCCCAGGCCAUCCACACCAACACCGCGGCGUGUUGACAUUGAUCGGAUAGAUGCGAACAAAUCGGAAAGAAUGACUGACACUGGAUCUUUAACCUCGAAGAAAAGUACUAAUUCAGAUAAAGCCAUACCGAUAUCUGCUAGUUCAGGCAAUUCUCAUGUCUCAACAAUACCACAUGUUCACAAGGACUGGCUUGAGGUUCUUAGAAUGUGCCUAAACGACCUCACUGGCCGAGAUAAGGCGGCAAAGAUGCUCGUGUAUCUUCUCAGGCUUAUUUUGAGUGAGGCACCAAAAAAGACCGUUUAUUCAUCUAAAAAUAGUGUUCAGAUUGCCACUUUUGCAAAGUCACCGGUUGUAUUUGUACGCCAGAUUGCUCUGAUCGCUUAUUCUGAGCUUUUUUUGCGUUCUGGCGGCUCGAUUUCUGGUUUAAAUAUCUAUCGGCAACUUCUUCGUGCUGGUUCUGCACCUGUGCAUGUUAUCAAGCUAAUUAGGCUUAUACGCAAGUCUGUUUUUUUAAUUGUUAAUCAUAAAUGCCCGCCACGCAGAAAAAUGGAUGAGAUAUCAAGUCUAUGGGUGAACUGGAGCACGAUUACUAGCAUUUGCUCACUUUACUACGCAUGGUUCGACGAAUCUUUGCUACUUUUCAAUCUCGGCAUCAUUCACAAAACAGAACUCAAGCGUUACCACCGCUUUUCUUCACGUCACGAGUUGCUUUCGUGGUUUGCAACAAUCUUGGUGGGUCUUCGAAAUGAUUACGCAAAGUAUGGAGAGCUCAACAACCGUGAAACUUCGGCUAGAAUCGACUUUGAGGUGAAAGUGCGAGCUAAAAAGCUUCUGAGCCGAACAAACGGAGUUGAAUUUGAAUCCAGCGAGGUCUGUUCGCAGAAGUUCAUCGAUGCAAUGCAGGAGGUGGCGUACGAAAAGCGGAUUUUGAAGUUGGAUAUUGCGAGAUUGUCUUGUGACUUGGUUUACGACUCUGUUUUUGUGCUUAACCAGCCAAUGUAUAAGCCAUUGCACCUUUUGUUUGGGUUGCUUUCUGGUUCUCUUGGAUUCUACAAGGUCUGGCUUCAGAAAGGACAUGAAAUAGACGAAAAAUGUGGACUAUAG